AUGGCAGCUAUUGCGACGGCUGCAGUCCCUUCAGCGUCAGACGCCAUGAUUGUGAGUCAGCUGGAAGGAUCAAGUGACUCCACAGAUGCAGCACUGACGCCUAGUGCGGCACCCUGUGCGUCUGCGGGUGAGGGUGCCGGCGACGUAGCUUCUGCUGCUUCCUCAUACUCAGCACAACCGUUGCUCUUGGCUCCGGCAAAGGCUGGAUUGGGUAGCGAGUCCUCCGGGGAAUUCCCUUUUACCCAAACAGGUCGCGGGGCAGCUACUCGAUCGGCGGCAGCUCGACAGGCAACUGGCAGGCAGACAUCAAUUACGUCCCGGGGCUACGGGAUGCGUACGAAAUCUAUGCGAUCUAGUUCUGUUGCUAGCGCUGUAGAUCACCAGCGCGACGCAACUGAGACAAAUGCAGACUCCGGCGAAACCCCUCGCAACAGCAGGUGUAGCAUUAUUUCCUCUCACCCACCGGCCUUCAACAGCGGAAUCUCUCCUUCAAGUAGAGGGCGAAGCUUGAAAGUUUCUUCACGGUCAGCUGGAGAAGCUGCUGGAGCAGCAACACCAGCAGCAUCUGAGGAUAGCACGGGUAACCGAGGCAUUCGGCAUCUGGCUGCUCACGCAAGCGCUGCAGGAGCAGUAUGCGCAACAACUCAGGCGAUAUCGGCUGCAACGGCAACAGAGGAGGCCGCUGCUACUGCCUCUGCAACUCCCACCGCCGCUCUGGACUAUCGUGGUCUGCGUCGGUCGCUCCGCCAAGCUCUGUUAGCGAAUUCAGUGAAGGCGCAGACCCCUGGACCUGGAGGUAACUGUUCCACUGGGAGUGAAGUUGCUCUUGGCGGAACUGCAGCAGUAGCAGCAGGCUCUGCUCCAGGGGUGAUGACUGCAGGCACAGGAGGCGGCAUCGGCGCCGCAGGGCCGGCUAACAGCGCCGCUGGCGGGAGGAGACGUAUGCGGCAGCCGCAUCGUCAGCUUUUGCAGAGCUAUGUAGUCGGCCAGCAUCAUCGACAGGCCGGUCCCCAAGCCGAUGAAAGAACAACGUGCCUCGCAGAGUGGCUCGACAUAAACAGUAGCACCCCCUGUUGCUGUUGCGGUGCCAGUUGCGUCUCAUGUACCGCCAACUGCAAUGGCACGGCAAGUAGCAGCGGCAGUUCUGCACAAGGAUCCUUGGGCUGUGCAACCAGAAGUACUGGAGGCGGCAUGCGUAGUGUUCUUGAGGUAUAUGCAACCGCAGCAGCUAGGCGAGACAGGCAACAGAGGCAACAGCAGCAGCGUGCGGGGAGUCCAGUCGUCGCUGCGCAGCAGAAAAGGAAGGGGCUGUGGGAUGGCAUUUCUGUGUGCCCCUCGUGGUUUGAGUCCUCUGUGGAAGCCGAAUUUCCCCCUAGCCUCUGCCGUAUCCGCCCCGCUUCCCCGUCCCGGUCUGCAAUCUUCGCCUCUCAGCAAGCCGCGUGGGAAGCGGAAGACAUGCGAGACUCCGCAGAAACAGCAGCAACAACAGCGGGCACACCUUGGCCAAAAGGCAGCACAAGUUGUAGCUUUGGCGGGUAUGGUGCAGCUACACGCAGCGGAGGAUUGGUCCCUCUUUGCUGCUACUGCGGGCUCCCGCUAAGGCCUCCAGCAGUAAGCAGUUUAAGGGCAGGAAAUACGGAGUCUGGUUGCCCCUUAGCAGCAGCCGCAGCAGCCGCUGCUUCACUAGGACUAGACGGGUGGACGCAAUGGUGCCGCUGCUGCACUCGAGUUUACGGAGAUCUGCGCCUCCAGCAUCAGCGUAAUGCAACUGGGCUUCCAUUUGCAUCGUUCACUUUGCCUAAAGGGCAACUGCGGUACUUAUUGCUGCCUGCAGAUGGCGCUAAAGAUGCGCCGGGGGGGCUCGGAUCAGUUGCUUCAGCAAUUGCAGCAGCUGCUGUUGCAGACCCACGUCGCAUCAAGCUAAUCGACGACAGCGUUGCUAUGGCGGCUGAUGCAGAUGCAGAUAUGGUUGCUGCUAAUGCUGGUCCUAAUCCAAACGGCAGCAACGGCAGCUUGGGGAGUGCCGCCUCCCUACGGCGCACACGGAGUGGCCAUUACUUCAUCAGACCGCCAGCUUCACGCAGCAGCAGCCGCAGUAACAACCUGUUAGACAUAGUGCGUUUUUUGGGGGCAUCUUGCUGCUGGCCCAGCAAUACUUCUGGGAGAAGUUAUGUGCAGCCACUUGCACGCUUACAGCAGAAGCUGACGCAGUUGCAGCAGCAGCAUGCUGAUCACACUCAGCAGCAACAACACCAGCCACAACAGCACCGUAGGCUGGGCGCUUUUGUUGAAAGGGCCGCGGCGUCUACUGAGCUGAAGCAAACCGCCGGAGCGGAUGUCACGUGGGCCGCUUGUACUGGGUUUGAUACGGCAGCCGCAUCACCAGAAACAGUAGCAGUGUCACUCGCAGGUGCAACGCCAGCAGCACCCGCAGCGAAAGGAACAGCUGCUGCGGGGGCGGGGGUGACCCCUUCUGUCGUUGGGCACUCACACGAUUCUCAGGCGCAGGCUUCCGCCGACUCCGGGGAAGACAACGAAACUUCUGUAGAUUUGGCAGACGCUGAUUUGCCAAGGGCAGCAGCUGCUACAGCAGUAGGAGCAGCAGUGCAGCAGUUCACUGCAACUAGUACACCAAGGACACUUGAGUCGGAGCCGCAGGACUGCUUUGAUGCCUGUCAGUAUUUGCAGGCCGCAAGGGAAACGCAAGCAAAGGGAAAUAGUUCCGCUAUGACAGUUUGUACCGUCGUGGUUCCUCGGGUGUACAUGGAAAGCAACUCAGGCUGUUACGUCGCAACAGCGUUUGACUCCGUUCGCCAGCAACUCCUCCAAAAGCGUUUCUCGUGCGCAAUUCUGGGAGAGCAGAGAGCGCAUGCUUUGGCGUGUCAGUGGCUGAGGUGGGUAUGCCGAGGCAUUGCAAAAGCAGUCCGCAAGUCUCGCCUCCCAGAUAUGCAGCCUCACACGGCUUCUGGAGUACAUGGAGUUCCCGCCACUGCUGCAGCAAUGCCACAGAUUGAAAGUGCGUAUGUUGAUGGCCUCGCGACUGCAACAGCACCUGCUGCAUCGCUGGGGUCUACUGGAACGGCUAGCGGAUCGUGGGGCGUUGGACGUGGGCCCCAAGCGGUCGAAAGUGGGGGGAUACCCCAGAAUCAGGAGCAGGCGCAUCUGCGCAACGGACGACAGCCCAAGAGGCGUCGUCGUUACGGAGAGUUUCUUGUGAGCAGCGACCCUGAUGAAGUGCAGCACUUGCCGAUUGGGCCAGUUGCCGCCUCUGUUGAUCAAGGACAGCAGAUGCAGCAGGCGUAG